UAGUGAGUGGGUCAUAUUUGGGAAGUUGCCAAAAGUGAAAACAAACACACACCGGUGUACAUCUUCCCAGGUUGCACAGAAAAAAAACAAAAAGACAAGAGCUCACUCGGAAACUCCAGACACCCACCUAAAACAUACAAACUCUUCCCAUACAAAAAACAUUCGUCUUUCUCUCUCUCUCUCUCUCUCUCUGUGUCUCUCUGCAUGCAGCCAUGAGAGUCCUCGCUGUCUCCAAACUGCCUCUCCUCCUCAAGCCCUUCGUCCUCUCCCUCCUCCUCUCCCUCUCCGUCUUCCUCCUCCUCGCCUCCCAGACCCCACUCCACCGCCGCCCCGCCGCCGCCCAGGAGCCCCCGCCCGCCUCCUCCGGCGGCGGCGGCAUCCGAAUCCGCCCCGGGUACACCUCCUACGAAGCCUACAUCCAGCACCAGCUCAACAAGACGCUCAACCCCAACCUCCGCAAGAUCUGGACCACCCGCGACUGGGACCGCAAGGUCCGCGUCUUCGCCCGCUUCUUCGAGAGCCUGAAGAGCAGGGGCCUCCUCUCCGCGUCCUCGAGAUCGCUCUCCAUCGGGGCGAGGGUGGGGCAGGAGGUGGCGGCGCUGAAGCUGGUCGGCGUCAACGACUCGAUCGGGAUCGAUCUGGUGCCUCGCCCCCCGCUGGUGAUCGAGGGCGACUUCCACGACCAGCCCUUCCCCAACGCCACGUUCGACUUCGAGUUCUCGAACGUGUUCGACCACGCGCUGUACCCGUGGAAGUUCGUCGGGGAGGUCGAGCGGACGCUGAAGCCCGGUGGGAUCUGCGUGCUCCACGUGACGGUCAAGCACCGGACGGACAAGUACUCGGCCAACGACCUGUACAGCCUGGAUCCGCUGGUGGAGAUGUUCAGGGAGUCGGAGCUGGUGGAGACGAAGACCAUCGACGGGUUUGGCCUCGACACUGAGGUCGUCUUCAGGAAGAAGACGAAGAAGAAGCAGCAGCAAAAUCGCAGGUCAUGAAUCAUUCUUUACACUUACACGCUCAUUCGUUCCUUUUUCCAU